AUGAUUAAUUUAAUUUUAGACAACAUCAGAAAUAUCGCAAUGGCUACUGGCAGCAACCAAUACGUCGGUGUUACCGCUACUGCUGCAGGCUUUGGAAGAACUGCUGACUCCGCUGCCGGAGCCAUCACCAACAACCAGGCCUUGAGACACGUUAACUUGCCCGUUAUCACCAACGCUGAAUGCGCUCGUGUCUAUGGAUCAAGCACAAUCAUCGCCUCUACACUCUGUGUCUCCGGUGCCAACGGUCGCAGCACUUGCUCUGGAGACUCUGGUGGCCCUCUCACCAUCAACAACAAUGGCCUACUGAUUGGUAUCACCUCCUUCGGAUCCGCCAGCGGCUGCCAACGAGGAUUCCCGGCUGGUUUCGCAAGAGUCACAUCAUUCGAGUCCUGGUUCCGUUCCCGCAUGUAA